CUGUGCCUGGUGCCUUGGUGAGGGUGCUAAGGGUGUGCCAGUCCAUUCUUUUCUGAUGUUCUCCAGCCAGAAGCCUACACCACCUUACCUGGCCCCAAGGGCUCAGGCAACGCAGCUCAGUUUGUUCUCUGAAAAAGCAAAACUAUGAAAACAAUGGGAAAAAUAAGUGACUUGGUGUCUGAGGUGAUGAUAGGGUUGCUCUGUACGCUUAUAGGGAAUGUGCUAGAGGAGAAGUUUGGAGGAAGCAGCUUGAACGGCAUCUCCCGUGGGAUCCCAUGGACAUUUACACCUCAUGGAUGGGCUGGGCACCAUCAGAGAGGGAGAAGCAGCUGGGCUUAGGUCCUCCACCUGCAAAGUUGAUGCUCAGGCCCUCAGGCUAGGCUGCCCAGAUGCCCCUCUGGGGGCCCCUGGCUACACAGCUCCUGCUCUGGUCCCCUGCUAUGGGGACAGGCUGUCCUUUUGCCUCGGGCAUUUAUAGAGCUUGGUUGAGGAACUCAGUGUAACAAGAGACCUUCCUCCCCCACCCACCCCCUUUCUCCUCCCAGACGCCCCAUGGUGGGGGGGAGUCACUCCCAGUUCUCUGGAAAGAACGCAGAUCCUGUGCCCAUGGUCUGACUAUCCCUUCCUCUCCCUCCAUUCUGUCUCUAAGCCUGCCCGCCCCCACCCCUCCUCCAGGCUUCUGACUCCUCCCGGCCCUACCUACCCUUCAUUUCUGAUUGGGGCAUCUUCCUCCUCCUCCCUCUUUCCUCCCCCUGGAGGAUCCCCACCUUUCUUCUGCCUUCAACCUUCCUGCUAUACUGAUCCCGAAGGGUUGGGGCUCAGGGCCUUCCUCCUAGGCCAUCCUGAGCCCUGAUCUUGCGUCCCCGGGAAGAGAGGAGGCUCCAGCCCCAGCCUAUGGUGGGCUGUCUCUCAUCUGGCCCAGCUACUCUCAGGACUGCAAUCACCGGUGGUGCCAUGACCCAGCUGGUUCUGGUGAUCUGGGCGUCUCUGCUGUUCUCGGAGCUCACCGCCCAACCGAUGGUGCCAGUCACGAAUGCUGCCCUGGGGAACCUCACCUGCUAUCAGUGCUUCAAGGUCAGCCAGCCCACCCAGUGCCGGCCCAGCAGGUGCGGCCCUGGCGAACGGGUCUGCAUCUCCAACGAGUUGUACAUCCAGAGGGCAGGCGUCCAGGUCGGAACCCAGAUCAGCAAGCGCUGUGCUGGCCACUGCCUCAACUCCAACAGCUUGUAUGAGUGGUCUCCAACCACUGGCACACAGAACACCAUCAUCCGGAGCUGCUGCUCCAAGCAUCUCUGCAACACAGCACCCGUGGCCUCCGGGGGGCUCUGGGCCCUGCUAGGAAGGUUUCUGCUGCCAGUGGGUCUUGGCCUCCUCUGCACUCUGUUGCCAAGACUCUGGUCCUGUGACCCCUUCAGCCCCACCAGCACCUCUCGUCCUCCACCAUGAACCCACCACCAUCCAGUCUAGGAUGUAUAGGGGCAUGCUUCCUCCCUGAGGUUGGAGAGAGAGCGCCAUCCCCUUUCCCCGGGUGCUUCUCAAGAAGAAGCAAGGGUAUUUCUGAUUCAGGGUGCUGGAUCCCAGAGAAAAGUCCUUACCUGGGGCUGGAGAGAUGGCUUAGUGGUUAAGGUGCUUGUGAAGCCUAAGGACCCAGGUUUAAUUCUUCAG